AUGUUUUCACCUUAUUGUAAUAAUAAUUUAAACAAUAUUGUAAACAUUAAAAGGCCUGUAUACCUGACGUACUCGUUUAUUAAUCAUUGGAUCCAAAUUCGUAAAAAGAGUUCAGUUAUUAGCAACAAAGUUGAAGUGUCCUCUACGGGUAUAUUUACUGAUGAAACCCAAUUUCGUGCAUUGGAAAAAUCUGUGACUCCUUUAUGUCGAAUGCCUUAUGAGAAACAAUUGUUUCUGAAACAACAGUGGACAAAUACUGUAUGCAAAGAAUUGCGCAGUCGACUACACAAUGCAAAAACCUUGAUUAGACUACCUAAAGUCUUCCCUAUUUCGUCAUCCCCACAAAUAAAUGAAUACCGUAAUAAGGAUGAGUUUAAUUUUCGACCUGGUAUUGAUGGUAACCCUAAAACUCUUGGAUUUUUUGUCAGCAAUCCAACUAAUGAAAAUAUCUAUUGUGUGUCUGCCAUGAAACUAAUUAAUAUGAAGCAAUCACAUAAAGAUAUUGCUCAGGUUUUUGAAGCUUUUGUUAGAAAAUCUGAAUUGCCCGCUAGUUAUGAUCAUAUGGAUGGUGGAUUUUGGCGAGGAAUCAUUGUGCGGAGCAAUUUAAAAGGUGACAAAAUGGCCAUAGUGGUUGCUAAUCCUAGAGGUUAUACCAAUGAAAUUAUGUUGGAUGAGCAACGUAGAUUUAAUGACUACUUGAAGAGUAUUAAUAUUGAUAUACAAUCUUUAUACUUUCAUCCUAGUUUGCACACUAGAAGUUCAAAAGAUUCAACAUUCAUUCUUGUUGAUGGAGAUAAAUAUAUUUAUGAGGACUUAAGCAGUUUUAAGUUCAGAAUAUCUCCAGACUCAUUUUUUCAAAUUAACACGUUAGCUGCUGAAGUUUUGUACAAUGAGUUGUUCAAAUUAAUCAAUCUGACAAAGACAUCUACUCUGCUGGAUUUGUGUUCAGGCACUGGUACAGUUAGUAUAUUAGGUAGUCAACAUGUACAGUCAUGUGUUGGUAUUGAAUCUGUGGCACAGGCUGUUAAUGACGCUAAAGAGACUGCAAAAAUAAAUAAUAUACACAAUUGUGAUUUCAUUGAAGGAAAAGUAGAAAUGGUAUUAAAACAAGUUUUGGAUGAAUUGAGCAUGACCAGUGAUUUGUGUGCUGUAUUAAAUCCCGGUCGAGCAGGCGUGCAUCCGAAAGUCAUAAAUGCUAUUAGAAAUAAUAGGUUGAUCAACACUCUUGCAUAUGUGUCAUGUAAAGCAGACAGUCCAAUAACUAUGAAAAACCUUGUGGAAUUAGUUGUUAACAACAAAAAAUCUCGCCCUUUUACUUUGAAUUCCAUAAAACCAGUUGAUAUGUUUCCUCAUACAAAACACUGUGAAUUAAUUUUCAUGUUCAAACGUUAA